AUGAGGAAUCCCGUGGCAUGCAUUGCGUGUCGCAGUGCCAAGCAGAAAUGCAUCCACAACGACGCUCCGCCCUGCGAUCGAUGCAAGGCCACAUCCCGCGCCAGCUCGUGCCAAUUCCCUCCGCCAGGCACAUCCUCAAUCCAUCGCCAGCCUAAGCGUCCGCGUCAACACUCUCCAGGGACCUCCGGACAUACCCCGACUCUUCUAGACUCGCCUAGUCGACUCGGCGAUCCAUCCAAUGCCAACAGCUCCACCCCUCAAGACUCGUCGCAAACCUCGAGCCCGACGGCGCAUGUCGCAGGCCUCGAUCCGUACGAUCUUCUUACCGACGAGGUGAAGAACAGCUAUCUCCGAUGCUCGUACAAAUGGAGCUUCCAUCACACGCCGACGUUGUUGAGGCGAAUGCGCGAUCGAACACUGGAGAUCUGGGUGGUUUGGGCAAUCCUCGCGCUGGCUAUCAGGCAAGGGACUAAUAACUCCAAUAGAUUCGUACGCGAACCUCCGGCUCCCUUCAAAAGCCAGAUAGAAGCUAGCAAUGCGUUUGCCGCCCAUGCCAGACAGAUCCUCCAAGGCGACCUCGAAACACCCAGCGUCAGUCGCGUACAAGCCCUCCUGAUGCUUACGGGACACGAUUGGGGAGCAGGAAAUGGUCGGCGGGCUUGGAUGUACCUGGGAAUGGCAAUCCGCAUGGUACAGAUGCUGGACUUGUGCCAAGAGCCAAAAUACCCCAAAGACAGGCUUCCCACCCGAGAAGAGUUCAUCAAUAUGGAAGAGAGGCGAAGGACUGCGUGGACCUGCUUCCUGAUGGACAGUCUCCUCAGCGGUGGAAAAGGCCGAAAGCGAUCGCUCGACGCGUCGGAUAUGAUGAUCCAGCUGCCAUGCGAAAAGGACGACUUCGUCUUCGGAGAGCCCGUGUGUUGCGAAAACAUAGACGGUCAGAUCGUGAUGCCACCAAUCUCUCUCGAUGUUGGUGAGCUCGGCAUCAUCGCGUACAGCUUACGUGCAGCCAACAUCUGGGGCAUGGUAGCCCGCUGGGCAUGCUCUUCGACUGUCAACAAUGAACUACCAUGGGUGAAAACGUCUGAGUUUCACAAACUGAUACAAGAUCUCAAUGCCUGGCAAGGGUCUCUUCCUGCAAGACUGCAAUACGAUCUGUUUUCUUUACACUCACACAACGCUGUCGACCAAGGUCAAGCCUUUUGCUACAUGCAUUGCAUUCAUUUCAUGUCAUUCAUGUUUCUCCGUCGCGCCUAUCUGCCAGUCCUAGGGCCUCAGAAUGGGAAUUUGGAUGAGACGCCCAAAUCAUAUAACGAGCAAUCAGAAUCUUGGAAGCAAUGGCAGCGCAUGUCUCGGAAAGAGCUCUUCAAAGAAGCCACAAUGGUGUGCGAGAUGCUCGAAGAGAUGCGUACAUUUGGAGUCUUCUUUCUCCGAGGUCUCGUUCCUUGGAUUGGUUUCACCAUCUAUACGGCUGUUGGUGUUGUUCUAUACAGCUACAACUUCCCUAGCGAUGACGACGAUCCUGCCAUCACGCGGAAGGCACGCGAGCGCGUCAUUCAAGGUUGUCUGUUCCUCAAAGAAAUGAAGAACCAGUGGCCGAUGGCCGACACCUGGUUUGAGACAAUCAAGCGCAUGCAAGCCUACUAUCGCACUUUGCACAGCGAUGAGGGCCCGGCCUCUCCAGACGAACGACGCGUGCUGCGAAACGCAAUGAUCGACUACGGCGCGCUACAACCGUCUCCCGUCCAGCCUCAAAAUAAGGAAGCACCGCAGCAGAUAGAGCGAGAGCGAGAACGAGAGCCAAUUCGUGAAGUAUGCUCAAAUCACUCCCUGCCUUUGAUAUCGCUAUUUCUAAUACUAGCCGCGAUACAGUCUAUGGUUCCUGGCCCACAACUCGUAUCACCACCUUCCACUACUCCAUUAGCCAACAAUGGAUCUUUCUUCGACUCGGCGCAGUCUUACCACGCGUAUAAUGACACAAACUUCGAUCUGGACUUCAACUUCGACAUGACUGAUGCUGAUGUUGAAGCGAUCAUGGCCAGUGCGACGCAAGAUUUCUGGGCCUCGUUCCCGGGAGAAGUCGGUGGCUAUAGCUGAGACUGCCGCCAUGGAUCCAUCCGCCUUAGCGACUGUCAAACAUAACUACGAUAU